AUGAGGACGACGCGAUCACAAACGAAGAAAUCUCCAACCAAUCAAUCUCCUUCGAAAUUGCCUUUGAAAUCUAAUCAAUCUUUUGUUUCUCCUACACUUGGACGGGCUCAAGCUACAACAGCAACUGCUGCAACAAACGCAGCGCGUAGAGUCGUCGUCGCUGAAGGUCAAAAGAGGCGUACCACUACAAAUCACAAAGGUAAACUGUCUAUCGCCCAAUACUCGCCAGAGAAGGAGCCUAUCAAGACUUAUUUACGAGUUAGAAAUCCUGACGCUGGAACUAGAGACCGCUCCCUUAGUGAUCCUUAUUUACAAGUCAUUAGCCCAACUCAAGUUGAGUUGACAGCUCCCUCAGAUUCUUUGUUAGGCGGCAGCAGACUCUCACUUGGCGCUGGAAUCAGCUCAGAGAGAUAUGCCUUCACAAAGGUAUUCCAUCCAAACCUCUCUGAUAUGCCUUCAACCGCCUCGAAAGAGAAGAUGCAAUUGUCUUCUUCACAAUCAGAUUUCUUCACUCAAACGACUCUUCCACUCGUUGAAGAUGUUCUUCUCAAGUCUCAGAAUGCUCUCUUAUUCGCUUAUGGUGUCACAAACUCUGGUAAAACAUACUCAAUGCAAGGUGGCCAAGGUGAAGGUCAGGAGGGCAUCAUUCCGCGCACUUUGGAUGUCAUUUUUAACAGUAUCGGUGAUUUGAAAGCCAAUCACGAUUUCAGACCAUCAAAGGUCUCAGCCGUGGAAAGCACCCGCCACUCUCCACACGCUAGCUUACUCUCUGGUUUAUCUGGACAUCGUAAUCAGCAUGCUCAAUUCUUCCACGAUGUUUUCCCUGGAAAACCUAAUCCUGUUUCUCAAUCCGAGGACACGUCUUUCAAUCUUGACAAAAACUACAAGUACGCAAUCUGGAUUUCUUUUGCUGAAAUUUACAAUGAGAAGGUUUAUGAUUUGCUUGAGAGUCUGCCAUCCACCUCCAACUUACACCCCAGCAAUAGCGUUGGUAGCAUGGGUACUGCUACUUCAAAGAAAACAACCAUAGUCGUUAAGCGUAAAGCGCUUGGAUUGAGGAGCGAUAGAGAUGCUGACGCCAAGUACAUUGAAGGAUUGAGAGAAGUUCGUUGUGACACCCCUGAGCAAGCAAGAGCCUUACUAGAGCUUGGCACACACAACAGACAAGUAUUCUCGACACUCGCAAACCGCGCUAGUAGUCGUUCACACUCCAUCUUCAACAUUCGCGUGAUGAGAGUGAAUAGUGGAGCACAGAAGGAUCCGAAUGCAGUUUCGUUUUCUCGUUUCUCACUGGUCGAUUUAGCUGGUUCUGAGAGAAGCAAAAACACUGGCAAUACAGGUGAACGUCUGCGUGAAGCUGGUAACAUUAACAAGUCUUUGAUGGUUUUGGGUCAAUGUAUGGAGAUCCUCCGUGCUAAUCAGCGUCGUCAGGAGAAUAAGAAGCCAGCACCGGUACCAUUUAGACAUUCCAAGUUGACAGAGAUAUUCCAAUCCUUCUUUGUCGGAGACGGCAAGGCAGUAAUGUUGGUGCAUUGCAACCCAUUCGACACAUCAUUCAUGGAAACGUCCCAUGUAAUGAAGUUCUCAGCUGUAGCUCGCGAUGUCAACGUCUCAAAAGCGCCAUCAACCUUGCUUCCUAAGAAGGUUAACUCUACCAUCAAAGACACAUUAGGUGCAAUUAGAGAGAGGAUCGGACAUACGCCAAGCAAUAGCAGUCAUAAAAGUAUCAAAAGUAGUGACGAGAGCUUGAGCGAUAAAUUCGUCAAUGUUCAAGUGGGAGAUCAAAGCAUAGCUAUGGAGGACGAAGCGGACACAGAUAACCGUGCAACAGAUGAAGAGGGUAGUGAGAUAGACAGCGACGAUGAGAACGAUCCUUUCACAGAAUUCCUCUUUUCUGAACUCCAAGACAUGAAGGAAAGAUGGCUUGAAGCUGAGAUGCGUUGUGCGGAGAUAGAAAUGGGAACCAGAGAGGAGUGUCUUGAGCUGAUGCGUGAGCAAUUGACGCUACAAGAGGUAGAGUUUGCGGAUAGACUUAGAACGGAAUCAGAACAGAGUGAGAUUAACACCAACAAGAAGAUUGAGCUAGUCAAUCAAUUGCACGUUGCAAGUCAGCGCAGAAAAGACCAGGCGAAAUUCGAAGUGCUAGGUGAGGAAGAUGAGGAUGCCAUGAACAACAGCAUGAUUGAUAAGGAGAAUUACGACGAAAGUGUGUUCAACACACCCACAGUCAAUCGAGACGGCAAAAUAACAGACUAUGACGGUAAUCAGCUAGUCAAAUAG